GACGGCAUAUCAGCUGGAAGCUCAUUUACUGACGACAAGGAGAACAGCUCACACACGUAAUCACCUGUGGAGAAACUUUGGGAGCUAUUCAGCAGAGAGCAGAAAACGUCUUACCAUGUGCCGAGGACUUGAAUCACUGCCCAUCACCUGUCUGGAGAGGGCAAAGGAGCUGAGAGCGUUAUUUGGAAGUUUGCUACAGAGAUCAGACCACACAGGGCAGCACAAAAAAAGUGACAAACUAAGAUUACACGAAGUCAAUGAGCCUCUGAAAUGGAAGGAGUCAUUUGACAAUCUGAUGUCUAGUCAAAAUGGAUUGUGCCUGUUCAGAGCAUUCCUGGUGUCAGAGUACAGUGAGGAAAACAUUGCCUUUUACUUGGCCUGCGAGGACUACAGGACAAGUAAACCUUCCAAAAUGGCCACCAAGGCAAAGAAAAUCUAUGAGGAGUUCAUCGACUCUGAUGCGCCAAGAGAGGUAAACAUUGACCACGCUACCAAAGAACUCACCAAGGAGAACAUGAAGCGGCCCAAGCAGUCCUGUUUCGAUCAGGCUCAAGACAGAAUCUACACCUUGAUGGAGAAAGAUUGCUACCCUCGCUUCCUCAGAUCCUCUGUGUACUUGGAGCUUACGAGAAAAACCAAGACAGGCUAAGAGACUUGAAUAACAACCGAAACUUAGACACAACUUGACUUCUCCUUAAAAGGGGACAUAAGCAAGCCAAUGCACUGCUGAGACUACAAAGCCGUGGUUGAAAGCCCAUAGACUUUCUGGAUGAGCAGUGGAGUCUCCUCAAAGAUUCCAUGGAUUGGGACGCAAGCUGGAAGCUGAAGUUGACAGGAAGCUGUGAGAAGCUUGCACAGACUGAGCAUUAAGAGCCUCAUGUACUGUACAUUUAAAAACAAGAAUGAAGUGCUAUCACACAACCAAACUACCAUUUGAAGUGUAUCGUUAGUAUUUAUUUAUUCUUUAUUUAUUAAAAAUUGUUUACUGAAUGUUUGAUGCGCAAAUGAUUGUUGAAAAUGUGUUUAUUUUAUAUAUUUAAUUUUUUAUGUUAAUGUAAUAUUAAAUAAAAAAUAACAGAGAAA